AUGCCUGUAGAAGAAGUAUUUUUGUCAGCUUUCCUUCAGGUUUUGUUUGACAGGUUGGCCACAAAGAAUGUUAUUGAGGUUAUUCUUGCAGGAGACAAAGGCAAAAUCCUAAAGAAAUUUCAGAAGACUUUGCUUCUCAUUAAAGCAGUACUUAACGAUGCAGAGGACAAACAUGUAAAGAAUGACGCUGUGAGAAUGUGGCUGGUUGACCUUAAAGAUGUUGCUUUUGAUGCAGAAGAUAUUCUUGAUAAGUUUGCUACUGAAGUGUUGAAGAAGAGGUUGGAAUCAAUUUCUCAAUCUCAAGUUCAAACCACCUUCACUCGAGUAUGCAAUCUUAUCCCAACUUCUCUCAAUCCGAGCAAUUUAAUGUUUGAUGUUGAGAUAGAAUUAAAGAUAAAGGCAAUCACCGAGAGACUGGAGACCCUUGCAAAUGAAAGGCAUGAGCUUGGUUUAAGUGAGGUGGCUGCUAGGUGUUCAUUCAAAAUCAACGAAACAAGUUCCACGGUGAAUGAGUCCUACAUCUAUGGCAGAGAUAAGGACAAAGAUAAGAUUAUCCAGCUGCUGAUGGAGAAUAGGCCAAGUCAUGGUGAUGAAGUCUUGGUCAUUCCCAUAGUGGGAAUGCCAGGUAUUGGGAAAACAACGUUGGCUCAAGUUGUGUUCAACGAUGACAAAGUGAAUACCCACUUUGAACUCAAGGCUUGGGUAUCUAUACCUGAUGAUUUUGAUGUCAAGGUUGUAACUGGAAAGAUCCUAGAGUCAGCCACUUCUAUAACUUGUGAUUUCAAUAACUUGCAUCAGCUUCAAAUUAAACUCAAAGCAGCCUUGAGUGGCAAGAAAUUUCUGAUUGUUUUGGAUGAUGUGUGGAACAAGAAUUACAAUGAAUGGAUUAAGCUGGUAGCUCCAUUCAGAGGAGCCGCACGGGGAAGCUCGGUGAUUGUAACAACAAGGAGUGCUGAAGUUGCCAACAUGAUGGGAACUGUUGAAUGUCACUAUGUCAACCAGUUAUCUGAUGAGGACUGUGAAUCAGUGUUUAUGCAGCAUGCUUUUAGGAGUAAAACUAUUGAUGCAAAUCAUGCCUUUACAGAACUUGGUAAGAAGAUUGCUAGGAAAUGCAAAGGGUCACCAUUGACUGCAACAACACUUGGGGGUAAUUUAUCCUCACAGCGAGAUGUAAGAGAGUGGGAAAAUGUAAUGGAUUUUGAAAUAUGGGAUCUUGCAGUGGAGGAAAGUAACAUCCUUCAAACAUUAAGAUUGAGUUAUAAUCAGCUUCCUCCAUACCUGAAGCCGUGUUUUGCUUACUGCUCCAUACUACCAAAAGGCUUUGAAUUUGAGGAGAAAGAGCUUGUGUUGCUAUGGAUGGCUGAAGGACUUUUAGAGCAACAAUCUCAAAAGCAACUGGAAGAUAUUGGCCAUGAGUACUUUCAAGAGCUACUAUCUGCAUCACUUUUUCAAAGGUCAACUAGCAACAGAUCAUUGUAUGUAAUGCAUGACCUUAUCAAUGAUCUAGCUCAAUGGGUUGCUGGAGAGUCCUGUUUCAAAUUGGACAAUCAUGUUCACCCUCACAGACGAAAGAAAAAGAAAAUUUCCAAAAGGACUCGGUAUGUAUCUUACAUUGGUGGUGAAUAUGAUGGUAUUCAAAUGUUCCAGGCCUUAAAAGAAGCCAAGUCCUUACGAACAUUCCUCCCUCUAAAGCAUUCACGGCUUGAAGAAUGGUCCUACAUAACAAAUCAUGUUCCUUUUGAAUUGUUACCCGAGUUAAGAUGCUUAAGGGCAUUAUCAUUGAGUGGAUAUUUCAUCACAAAGCUGCCUAAUUCAGUUAGCAAUUUGAAUCUUCUACGCUACCUGAAUCUUUCUUGGACUGACCUCAGACAGUUGCCAGAAUCAAUCUGCAGUCUAUGCAAUCUGCAAACAUUACUACUGAGAGAUUGUUUUAAUCUUGAGCAGCUUCCAUCAAACUUGAGUGAUUUGAUCAACCUACGUCAUCUAGAUAUCACUAGAGCACAUUCUUUAACAGAUAUGCCCCAUGGUAUUGGUAAAUUGACACAUCUUCGAACAUUGACAGAUUUUAUUGUAGGCUCAAGUGGGAUAGGAGAAUUGAUGAAGUUGAUCAAUAUCCAAGGAGUACUUUCUGUUUCCAGGUUAGAGAAUGUGUCUGACACUCUAGAGGCAAGUGGAGCUAUGUUAAAUAAGAAGGUAGGCAUUGAUGUGCUGAAAUUGAAAUGGAGUUUUAUGAAUAAUCAGUCACAUAUUGAAAGAGCAAAAGAUGUGCUUCAUAUGCUAAAGCCUCACAAAGGUCUUGCAAAGCUUACGAUUAAGUGCUAUGGUGGUACAAGUUUCCCAAAAUGGAUAGGAGAUCCAUCCUACAAGAGCCUAGUGUUCUUAAAGUUGAAAGAUUGUGCAAAUUGUACAUCUUUGCCAGCACUUGGAAACCUCCAUGCCCUCAAAGAACUUUACAUUAUUGGAAUGAAAGAAGUAUGCUGCAUUGAUGGUGGAUUCUAUGGUAAUGCUUGCUUUAGACCUUUUCCUUCCUUGGAGAAACUACACUUUAUGGACAUGGAAAAAUGGGAAAAUUGGUUCCUCUCUGACAACAAUGAGCAGAGAGACAUAUUUUCUUCUUUGCAGCAGAUUUUCAUUGUUAGGUGUCCCAAACUUUUGGGUAAACUACCAGAAAAUCUCCCAUCUCUCAAACAUGUACUAGUUAAAGAAUGUGAACAAUUUCUGGUAACCAUUGCAACCCUUCCAAUGCUUUACACACUAGAAAUUGAAGGAUGCAAAGGGUUAGUCCUUAAUUGCGCAAAUGAAUUCAAUUCACUGAAUUCCAUGUCUGUUUCAAGAAUCUUGGAGUUAACAUUAUUAAUGGAGAGAUUGGUAGAGGCAUUCAAAAAUGUAGAAGAACUCAAAAUUGUCAGUUGUGCUCUUGAUGAAAUAGUUCUUAAUGAUUUAUGGGGAAAUGAAGUUUGGCUUGAGAAGAAUCCACAUGUUUUUUCAUCCAAGCUCAAAUUAAUUGAGAUUAGAAAUUGCAAUGUCAUGAGAUCUGUACCUAAAGUACUAAUGGUUAACAGUCAUUGUCUUGAACGCUUGUACAUAUGUAACUGUGAUUCUCUAGUCUUUAUCACAAUGGAUCAAUUUCCUCCGUCUCUGAAAUCAUUGGAGAUAUCCAAUUGCAAGAACUUGAGAUGUUUACUUGAAAAUGGAACAAGCUCUUCUUCAUCAAUAAUUAUGCAUGAUGACAAUGUACAGCAAAGUGGCAGAAACCACAGAAUCAUUUCUCAUUUGGAAUAUGUAUACAUUGGCUGGUGUCCAUCUCUCACUUGCAUUUCAAGAAGCAAUGAGUUACCUGAAUCUGUCAAACUUUUGUUCAUUUGGAACUGUUUAGAGCUAUCAUGCUUGUCAAUGAAAGACCAACUACCAAAAAGUCUUGAAAAACUGGAGAUUCAAAACUGUCCAAAGCUGAAGUCAAUAGCAAACAGAAGAAGGUUUGCCAACCUCUAG